UUAGAAUCAGAGCUUCCGGUUGCAUCCACCCAACAGGGAGACAUUAGUAUUAGUCAUAGUAUUCAUGGUUUUAUGAAACUAUCAUUUACUUAUCGAAGAAACAAUGAUUUUACUCGAGAUAAACAACAGGAUAGUGGAAGAAACAUUGACUUUAAAAUUCAAGAAUGCUUUAGCGGGUCAUAAACCUGAGUCAAUAGACAUUAUCAUUGCCGACUUUGAUGGAGUUCUCUUCCAUAUAUCAAAUGUUGGAGGUGACAAAACAAAAGUGAGAAUCAGUAUUUCUCUGAAGUUCUACAAAGAACUUCAGGAACAUGGAGCAGAUGAAUUAUUAAAGAAAGAAUAUGGUUCCUUUCUGACACAAGUGGAAGAUGGUUACAAUGUUUCAGUGUUAAUUGAUUUAGAAAAUGUUCCUCAAAACUGGGAAGAAGUUGUAAAGAAGAUUGGCUUAUUAAAGAGGAAUUGUUUUGCAUCAGUCUUUGAGAAAUAUUUUGAUUUCCAAGAGAGAGGUGAAGAGGGUCACAAGCGAGCUGUUAUUAACUACAGAAAUGAUGAAACUAUGUAUGUCGAGGCUAAAGCCGAUCGCGUAACAGUUGUGUUCAGUACUAUCUUCAAGGAUGAAGAUGACAUAGUGAUCGGCAAGGUGUUCAUGCAGGAGUUCAAAGAGGGGAGACGAGCGAGCCACACGGCACCACAGGUUCUCUUCAGUCAUCGGGAACCACCGCUUGAACUGCAGAAUACUGAUGCUAGGGUGGGAGAGAACAUUGGUUACAUAACUUUUGUUUUAUUUCCACGGCACACAAACAGGACAACGCGGGAUAACACCAUAAACUUGAUCCACAUCUUUAGGGACUAUCUCCAUUACCAUAUUAAGUGCUCCAAAGCGUACAUCCACUCUCGUAUGAGAGCCAAGACAUCAGACUUCCUGAAGGUGCUAAACAGAGCGAGGCCGGAACCCAAAAAUGUAGAAAAGAAAACCAUAACUGGUCGGUCCUUCAUAAGGAAAGAAUGAUUCCUCAUGAAGCAUAGUCUGUACAAAGAGGUGCAUCAUGCCGCUCUCUGUUUGUGAAGAGGAAUCUUCCAGCUGGCCUGUGCACGAUUUCUGCGCUGUGGAGGGGGCUUUUGAUUCUAUCCUACAUGCUCACUGUGUGGUUUCACAUUCAUGGGGGGGAGAAUGCAAUUUAUCUGGUGCUAAGCGCCUGUCAUGACCAGAAGGCUACAAUUUCAAGAAUUCUGGAAUCAGAUUGUGAUAGCACACUUCUAAUGUGGCUAUAAGUCGCUGUGACAGAUCAGUGGUUUUCAUUUUCUGUGUCGCAGAGUUCAAAGAUUGACAAUGCACGUUAUCUUAGGGUUGGAGUGUUCCAUUCGUUCAUUUUAACUGUUUUAGCGAAGUAAAUUUGUUCCGCGAUGUACAAAUGAGAGUUGUGCUCUGUGGGGUGGUAUAAAUUAAUUUGACAGUAGAUGAGGUUCAGUAACUGGCAUUUACCUCUGUGGUAUGAUGAUUUCUUCUGGGAUUUGGGUAUCGUUUUCGUAAUGUUUUAGUAACUGAUAUUUUAUUGUUUGUCGUGUUCUGCGCUUUCAUCAGAUGUUCUUACAGAAAGUGAAGUGGGAUAUGUGUAGCAUUGCAUUUAAUUUUGAAUUAUUACAAUGAAAUGUAAGUGGGACUACAAAAUUGUCCUCAACGUAAUACUGUCAGUUUCCUUUCAUAUGCCUUCUGCCUUCGGUCAAUUUUCAAAAAAAGAACAUUGUUCAUACCGCGUAGCUGCUGUUAGCUGUCGUGAAGUCACAUUAAAUAGGAUCACCAUGGAAAGAUUACUCCGUCCAGUUUCAUUUUUGGGAUACCUAGCUUGCUCCACUUAUAAACAGGCCUACUGUGGUUCGGAAUUUGUUCCUCCUGAAGCUAUUUCCAUCUCUAAAGGAGCUGCCAUAGCAUUUUAAUGUAUGUGUGGUAACAUAUAUGUAGGGUGUAUCCCAUUAAAUGUUAAAUCUCUUUAGAAACCAUUUAAUCAUCGCGGUGAAUGCAUUAUAUUGUGUAUCUUCAUUUUGAUAAUUAACUUUGUGGAGCUCUGAUUUUGAGAACAAAUAUUUCUCUUUAUUUAUGUACCACUUUAUCCCUCGAAGCUUGCGUGUAAUAUUUUAGAACUAGAGUAAUGGACACUCCAAGUCUGAGAUGGCUUUACACCAAUUUCGUACAACUCCACAAUUCUCGUUGCUCAUAGGAGUUCUGACUUGAAGCCUAACGCUACCUUGAAGCUCAGUGCUUUCUCCCAAGAAUGAUGAUGGAUUAUGUGCAGUGAAAAUAAUAGGGAUCAGAGCCGGUAUUAAUUGUUGAAUACUUUUUUUAAUCUUGUGAAUAUGUAAUUAAUUUCCCUGUGAUUUAUUAUACCUAUAAAAUCAUAUUAAUGAAGAUGCAAUAAUAAUAAUCCAUGUAAAAUUCUUUGUUACUGUAGUGGACUGCAAAUGGAGUACCACUAUCUCAGGCAGAACAUUGUAUUUAAAACCCAUUAAAACGCAGUCUUAAUUGAUAGCUUUGUGAAUUCUGAUGACAAGGUCAGCGAGUGAUUGACGUGGAUUUGGUGAGCCCGUGUCUCACUGCCCUCGUACUUGAAUAUGAGCAGUUCAGAGACUGAGGACUGAUGGCAUGUGCAGUAUAAAUGUGCAUAGAUUAGCAAUGGUGUGUGGUAUGCCUGAUGCAUGACCCUACAUCGAACAGUCUGGCACGGCAUGACGCGCGCGUCUUAAACUUGUGUCAGUGCCACAGUGCUUCACUUGGGGUUGUAGCAGAAUUUUAAAAUGGAGUAUGAGAAAGCAUUUAUUUUUCAAAGUUGAACCUAAUUUUAUUUUCCUGCCCUGUAAAUUAAUGAUGCCCUAGUUGAAACGUGAAAGUGACAAUGACAUUCUGGUGUCAAUUACAUACUUAACACAGAUUUCUUUAUCAGAAAUUAAGUAAUGCAGUUAUUAGCCAAAUAAAACGUAGAGAGACGGUGACUAGCGUCAGGGACAGUUUACUGAAACGUAGCUUUUUUCAUUUAGAACUCGUAUCCCUCGAGAAAGAGAUUUUACAUAAUGUUGUAAUUGCUUGGUUACCAUAGCUUGUUAUAUUGUUACGUCUGUUUGCAUCCUGCCCCUGACUUCAGAUGUUAAUGGUUUAGUUUAUCUUCGUCACUUCAGUACAUUCUGUGUAAUGAUUAAUUAAAGUUCUAUAAUUUAUGUUUUAUAAUAAUUAUACUACUACAUUUAUUAAAAUAUUGAUAAUUUACUAUAUUUUUUGUUGUGUAUGUAACUUCUAAUUUGGUAAUACAGAAGAUUGUCUCCCUCAG